AUGGACGAAUCAUUUAGCGUCCAAUCGGGAGAUCGCAGCCUGUGCUUAGACGAAGAAGACCGCGCAUACCUCGAGGCUUUGAACGACAAAGAUGUUGUCGCUACGAAAAGCACGCCGAAUCCUCUAGGUCUCUUCUCAGUAGUGGCCUUCAUACUCCAGCAAGUCAUCGGUACUGGCAUAUUCCGAACACCAUGGACCGUUAUGCAGGCCACCGAGAGCCCGGGAAUCACGCUUUGCUUUUGGGCUUUCGGUGGGCUUGCAGCCAUCGCGGGUUCUAUAUUGUACAUCGAGUUCGGCUUGACUACACCUCGGCAUUCAAUUGAUGGCGAAAGAGUGCCGGUGGUACGCAAUGGUGGAGACAUGAACUACGUGAACUACCUCAUCAAGCGACCCAAGUUCUUCGUCUUCUCCUUCUACGCAGUCAACUACGUGAUCAUUGCUUCGAGCGCAGCCAACGCAUUGACUUUCGGCGACGACAUAAUAGGCUCUCCAGGAACCGAUAGAGGUGCAGCCAAGGAUGCCGCGGCACGAUGUCUCGCGAUAAUGGCAGUAACGCUUCCGUGCUUCUUGCAUGCGUUCACUCGACGUGGAGGUAUCAUUCUUAACAACGUCAUCGUCGUUGUUAAGAUUGCCAUCCUUUGUGUGUUUCCCAUCAUGGCGAUUUGCGUAUUGGCCGGUGUCGCGCAUACGAAUCACGCAGCAGCGAACAUGGAAUACAAGAACUCAUUUGCGCGGACACACGGAAAUGCCGACAGCUAUACACAAGGCAUGCUAGCGGUCUUUUAUGCUUAUGGCGGGUACAAUCAAGCCAACUAUGUAGGUCUUGAUCGGCCUGAUGAAGCUUACGUCCCGUUGAACUACCGCUUACCCGUACUCAGAUACUCUGCGAGAUCCACAGACCGCAGAAGAACUUCCCCAAAGGCAUCAUAA